GAAAAUUACGGACACCGUUUAUAAAAAUGACAGUUUCAUUCCAGAAAGCAGUUGAAGCUGCAUUUAAAGUAUUUUCUCGGAGAAAUGCAGCCACUGUUACAAAUGACAGUCUAGGGGAAUUAAGAAUUAAUCUUAACAAAGUCACUAAAUCAGAUCUUCGACUUGAUCCACUGGUGCUAGAGGAUAGAAUUCCAACUGAACAAGAGGCACCAGUUACCUAUAUCAGAAUUUUGGAACACAAGUUGAUGACCAUUGCAGUAUUUGUGUUGAAGCAGGGGAAAAGAUUACCUCUUCAUGAUCAUCCUGGAAUGUUUGGUCUCCUGAAAGUUGUCCAUGGCAGUGUAGCAAUAAAAACCUACACUCCUCUCGAUCCUAACCAGUACCCGGUACCUGCUUCACUUAGCGAGAGACUAGCAAACAGAUACGGCAGGAAUAUUCCAGUGUAUCCGUCUCGUUAUGAAGGAAACAAAGUUUUCUCCGAAACAGAUGAAUGCUGUGUUAUAUCACCAAACAGUAAAAAUAUACAUGAAAUACAUUCUGAGUCUGGAACUGCGGCUUUUCUAGACAUCUUAUCGCCACCAUAUAAUCACAAGUCGGCGGAGGAUUAUAGACCGUGUUCAUAUUAUAAAGAAAUUGAUGUAGAUUCUCAGGAUUCAAACAUACGUUACCUUGUGAAAAUCACUGAUCCGCCCGACUAUUGGUGUAAUGAAGCAAAGUAUUGUGGACCAGAACUACCUGUACCAUCUUGAUUAUUGUCUUACAUAUGUCUAGGAAUCAUAAUAGUAAAUAACAAACCAAUGGUGGACAGAAAAUAAUCCUUACAAGUUCCUAGUUAAAAUGGCAUUUUCUUGAUUUUAGGUCAGUGUUGAUGUUUUGUACUUCACUGUGGAUUUUGAAAGAGAAUUUCUACAUUUCAUCGAUUAUAUUUGAAGAAAUUCCAUUGUACAUUCAUGGCAGAAAACAAUUCUUGUUACAAGAUACAUGAUAAUCUCUACUUAUACCUUUGUAAUUUUUGUUGUUUAAAUGUCAUUUAUGAACGUAAAUAAUAAGUAUUUCUUACCGGUAUUUAAAAUGGACCUUGUUAUAUAUAUAUAUAGAGGAUUUUAUACGAGUGUCUUUUCAUAUUGAACUCAUUAACUGAGUUGAAUAAAAUAAUAAAAUGCGAGGCUCUACCGAGCAUUUUAUCAAUUUUGUUCAACAAGUUUAAUAAAUUCUAUAUAAUAUUCUUUUUAUUACAUGUUAGGUUUUCCUUUUGAAACAUUGAAAAUUCUUUUUUUUUACUGUAUAAACAAGUCAAUUUGACCAACGUCUCCUAUACUAUAAACGACGUCGACGUCAAAGCUUUAUUACACUAAUGUAUUAUCAUUUUUAAAUAAUGGUUUUAUUACACUCCUGCGCCGUCAAACAUGUGAUAAAUAUAUAUAUAUUAUAUGACUACUCUAAAAAGUUUGUAUUAUUCAUGUAGAGCAGAGAGCUAAUAUAUUUUCCUCUGAACCUCUGAAAGUGCUUUCUCUUAAAGUAGAAUAGACUGAGCAUUUCUUCCAAGACUUGCGUCCCAUUUUUGUACUUCUCAAGGCUAAUCUGUCUUCUUCCAAUAUAUAAUGCAAGAAAUUUGUGAUGAGUUGUGUCAGGCUCAAAUCUAGGAAUGCAUUUUCUAAUUCUUGACAAAAUGAUGCUUUUUGCAAAACUUCUACUUUCUACAGUAUGUUAUUUACAUGUUAAAUUUGGUAGUAAUGUUAUAUAAGAUUUUCAGUUUAAACCCAAAUUUAAUCAGAUGUACAAAAUUG